GUUUAUUACAGGUGCUUAAUGCUUAAUGAAGAUACGAUGAGUUUUGAACAGUUGCUAAUAUUUGAUAAUCUGUGUAUGAUGGAUUUUUGUCUGUUAAUACUAGAUUUUUUGUAUUAGAGUUCGAUUAAUUUUAAUUUCAUAAAUGAAACAUUUACUCUCGUAUUUUCGAACCUUAACCUAUAUGUUUAUUUGAUUCCGCGAAGUGUGAAACGCUUAACAUUUGUAACUUAAAAGCAUGUACUCGAUAUGCAAGCAGACUCAUCCUGCAACCGGGGUGGAACAUGCACUUACUUGCCACUUCUUCAAUCGAACAGAGAAGUCUCUCAUCGUGGCUGGUGCGAAUAUCAUACGCGUUUUUCGACUUAUACCGGAUGCGGAUUCAGCAAACAAGAAAGAUGUAUACACAGAGAAGCGACCACCAAAGAUGAAGCUGGAGUGCUUAGCAACAUAUUCCUUGUUUGGGAAUGUCAUGUCAGUGCAAGCAGUCACAUUGUCAGGAUCAGCACGUGACUCGCUGCUUGUCAGUUUCCGCGAUGCCAAGCUUAGCGUUGUGGAAUACGAUCCUGAAGCCCAUGAUCUCAGGACCUUAUCUCUGCACUACUUUGAGGAGGAAGAGAUGAGGGGAGGCUGGACUCAACACUAUCACAUUCCAAUGGUGCGGGUGGACCCUGAAGGACGGUGUGCAGUCAUGUUAGUAUAUGGGCGGAAGUUGGUAGUCCUUCCAUUUCGUCGUGAAACGGCCCUGGAUGACCCUGAACUGCUAGAUGUUAAACCCUGUAACAGUACUGUCAACACAAAAGCCCCUGUACUUGCAUCAUAUAUGAUAGUUUUGAAGGAACUGGAUGAGAAAAUGGACAAUGUUAUAGAUGUGCAGUUUCUGCAUGGCUAUUAUGAACCUACCCUACUCAUCUUGUAUGAACCAGUCAAGACAUUUCCAGGUCGCAUUGCAGUACGCCAAGACACGUGCGCCAUGGUGGCAAUCUCCCUCAACAUCCAGCAGAAGGUGCACCCAAUUAUCUGGUCUGUUUCCAAUUUACCAUUUGACUGCACACAAGCCAUUCCUGUGAGGAAGCCACUGGGUGGGACUCUUAUUGUGGCUGUCAAUGCGCUCAUAUACCUGAAUCAGAGUGUUCCUCCAUUUGGUGUGUCCCUCAAUAGCAUCAGUGAUGUGAGCACCAACUUCCCACUCAAGGUGCAGGAAGGGGUGAAGCUCAGUCUUGAAGGUGCACAGGCUUGCUUCAUCUCACAUGACCGGCUUGUCAUUUCUCUGAAGGGCGGCGAGUUGUACGUCCUCACACUGUAUGCUGACAGCAUGCGCAGUGUGCGCAGUUUCCACUUUGAGAAGGCAGCUGCCAGUGUGUUGACCACAUGUACUUGUGUGUGUGAGGAGAAUUAUCUGUUCCUCGGGUCUCGACUGGGAAACUCGCUGCUGCUCAGGUUCACAGAGAAGGAGCAGAGCACAUUGUUUACAUUGGAGGAGAAGACGUAUGCUCCAAAGCCUGACCAUCCUACCAAGAAAAAGCGACUGGACACACUAGGAGACUGGAUGGCUUCAGAUGUUGCUGAUAUUCGUGACCUUGAUGAACUGGAGGUGUAUGGAAGUGAAGCCCAGACCUCAGUCCAGAUUGCAUCCUAUGUGUUUGAGGUGUGUGACAGUCUGCUGAACGUUGGGCCUUGUGGCAAUAUCUCAAUGGGAGAACCUGCAUUCUUGUCUGAAGAAUUCUCCAACAUUCAGGACCCAGAUAUAGAGCUCUUUACCACAUCUGGCUAUGGGAAGAAUGGAGCAUUGUGCGUUUUACAGCGUUCAGUGAGGCCUCAGGUGGUGACAACAUUCGAGUUACCGGGCUGUAUGGACAUGUGGACAGUGAUUGGAACGAAGGAUGCGAUUGAGGAUCCAAACAAGGGAGAACAAGAGUAUACACAUGCGUUUAUGAUUCUCAGUCAACAAGACUCAACCAUGGUCUUGCAGACUGGCCUGGAAAUCAAUGAGGUGGACAAUUCUGGCUUCAGCACACAGGGUCCUACUGUGUUUGCUGGCAACCUCGGCUACAACAAAUACAUCAUUCAGGUGUCACAGAUGGGCGUGCGACUGCUACAGGGUGUGGAGCAGGUACAACACAUCCCUCUGGAUCUGGGCUCACCCAUUGUGCAUGCGUCAUCUGCAGACCCACACGUGGUGAUUCUGAGUGAGGAUGGCCAGGUGAUCCUGCUGACACUGAAGGAGAGUCGUGGCCAGGGAAGACUGAGCGUCACAAGGCCCACCCUCUCUCUUAGACCAUACAUCAUCACGCUGUGUGCUUACCGGGAUGUGAGUGGGCUCUUCUCCUCCAGCCUCCCUGAAGAUGAAGUUGAGGUCAAAUCCAAGAAGGAUAUCAAGUUAGAAGAGAACUUGAGGAGAGAGAUUGAUGAUGAAGAUGAGAUGCUGUAUGGAGAAACAGAAGCCCCGCUAUUUGAACCACCCGUCAUCCCAGAACCAAGUAAGAGUACUGUAACAUCAGUGAUCGGUGAGACGCCAUGGUGGAACAAGUACUUGCAGGAAGUGAAGCCCACAUACUGGAUCCUACUUACACGGGACAAUGGAAACCUUGAGAUAUACACGCUGCCUGACUUCAAGCUCAGCUAUCUGGUGCGUAACUUUGGACAGGGGUUGCGCGUGUUGGUGGACAGUUUGGGAGCCAUUCCUACUUCUGUUGGAAUUUCUGAGAAUACUCCUCCUAUAGCUUAUGACAGUCAGGUACGAGAGAUCUUGAUGGUGUCACUGGGUCAUCAUGGCAGCCGCCCACUGCUGGUUGUUAGGCUUGAUGAUGAACUACUGCUAUACCAGGCAUACCGCUACCCUCGAGGUUACCUGAAACUCAGGUUCAGGAGGUUGGCACACAACAUCCACAUCCGAGAGAGACGAUAUCGGUCAAGGAAGAAACCGAUGGACACAGAACAACGGUUGGAGUCACGUGUCUGCCAGCUGCGCUACUUCAGCAAUAUUGCCGGCUACAAUGGGGUGUUCAUCUGUGGUCCAUAUCCCCACUGGCUGUUUCUCACCUCACGCGGAGAGCUGCGGACCCACCCUAUGGGUAUAGAUGGGGCUGUAACCUGCUUUGCUCCAUUUCACAACAUCAAUUGCCCUCAAGGGUUUUUGUACUUUAACAAGAAGGCAGAGCUGCGCAUUUGUGUGCUGCCAACACACUUGUCAUAUGAUGCACCGUGGCCGGUAAGGAAGGUUCCACUGCGCUGUACACCUCACUUUGCAACGUACCAUCUGGAGAGCAAGACGUACUGUGUCGUGACAAGUCUGGCAGAGCCCACCAACAAGUACUACAAGUUCAAUGGGGAAGAUAAGGAGCUGACAGUGGAGGAGCGAGAUGACCGCUUCCCAUUUCCAGCACAGGAGCGUUUCAGCGUCUUGCUGUUCUCACCUGUGUCAUGGGAGGUGAUCCCCAACACCAAAAUGGAACUUGAGGAAUGGGAGCAUGUGACAUGCCUGAAGAAUGUGAGUCUGGCAUAUGAGGGCACCCGAAGCGGACUGAAGGGCUACAUUGCUGUUGGUACCAACUACAAUUAUGGUGAAGAUAUCACCAGUCGGGGCAGGAUCCUUAUAUUUGACAUCAUCGAGGUGGUACCAGAACCUGGCCAGCCGCUCACCAAAAAUCGCUUCAAGAUGGUGUACUCAAAGGAGCAGAAGGGGCCUGUCACAGCUAUUACACAUGUUCUGGGCUUCCUUGUGUCAGCAGUGGGGCAGAAGAUCUACAUCUGGCAGCUAAAGGACAAUGAUCUGGUGGGCGUGGCAUUCAUUGAUACCAACAUAUACAUACAUCAGCUGCUGAGCAUCAAGAGCCUGAUCCUGGUCGCAGACGUGUACAAGUCAAUCAGCCUGCUACGCUUCCAGGAGGAGUACCGUACUCUGUCUCUUGUCAGUAGGGAUUUCCGCCCAUCAGAGGUUUACACUUGUGAGUUUCUGCUGGACAACACACAGAUGGGGUUCCUGGUAGCUGAUGGGGACAAGAACCUGGUGCUAUAUAUGUACCAACCUGAGUCGCGGGAGAGCUUUGGAGGUCAACGACUGCUCCGGAAGGCUGACUUCCACCUUGGUCAACACAUAAACACAUUCUUCAGGAUACGAUGUAAAUUGAGUGAGAACUUUACUGAAAAGAAACACCUCCAGGGAGCUGAGAAGAGGCACAUCACCAUGUUCGCAACACUGGAUGGUGGGCUGGGUUAUAUCCUGCCGGUCCCAGAGAAGACUUACCGCAGACUCCUCAUGUUGCAGAAUGUCUUGGUGAAUCACAUUUCCCAUAUAGGAGGGCUGAAUCCCAAAGCAUUCAGGACGUACAAGAGCGCAACAAAAUUACUGAGCAACCCAGCACGCGGCAUCAUUGAUGGGGAGCUGGUUUGGCUUUUCCUUGGUCUCCCAACAUCCGAGAAACAGGAGGUGGCCAAGAAAAUUGGUACCAAAGUGGAUGAGAUUGCAGACGACCUUGCAGAUAUCGAGCGACUCACUGCACAUUUCUAGAACUGUUGGGUGUUUGAUGUGUGUGUGUAUCUGUACAGGUAUCAUGAUCUCUGGUACUCUUGUGAUCUGCUGGCGGUAUGAAGAAACAGUGCCGGUGCUCAUAACAUUAUUUCAUUUCAGGGUUUGAAAUCAUGUGGAAUUUUUUCAGUGGAAGAAAUUGCAUUGAAUAUUAAUUACAUAUUCUGGUUUUGAAGUAGUGCUGAUUAGACUGCAUUUCUGGCUUCUUGAAGCAAACUUCAAGAUUCAGGCACAAAAAGUAAGCUGCCUGUUUACUCUCUGUCUUGAACAUCUGAUUGAGUCAGUGUCUGUAACAUCUGUAUAAUACAGAGUAAGUAUAAAAGCCUUUUUUCUUGCACUUGAAUUACUUUAACCAUGAUCUAGAAUAAGAUGAAACAUUUUAGUAAUGUUGGCCUAUGUAACAUCCAUUUAUUGAAGCAUAAUUCCACUGUGUAGUCUGGUAGAAAUAUACCAUUGCAAUGAUGAUGGAGGCAGCAAGGACCUCUGAAACACUGUGAACCUUCUACCAGACUACAUGGCGCUACAACCCAGAAGACAGCCAUCUUCAUUCUUUAGUGUAUCUGUAUUGCUUUAAAGGAACCCUGUUUUGACAACUGUUUGUAUGGGAAGAUGUCUUAAAUGAGUAGAUAUCAAAGAGUUUAUCUUUACUUUCUGUGGUAAAUAAUACUGUGAUACAUAUGCAUUAAAAUACCAUUUAAGUAAUUGUAAUUACUUUUGUUAACAGUUUACAUGCUAUUCCUGUGUUGCUUACUGUUUAUAAUAAUAAUAGAUACACUAAUUUCUUCA